GUAGUCGGCGUGGCGGCGUGCACAGGCCUCGAACGAGGGCCCUGUCCUUCAAGAUACCGGGAAACCUGACGAUCGCAUCACGGAAUUUUUGGUCGCCGACCAUCGCGACACGGACUACUGGAACUACCGUCGACGAGCACGAAGUGGACCUGUGCGACCACAACGCCACCAUGUGUGGACCAGAAGCCGGCUGCCACAGUUACAAUGGUUCCUUCAUCUGCAUCUGCAGUGAUCUCACCGUCAAGCGAGCCCAUGAGUCUUGCGCACCACCCGCUCUUGCAUCUACUGGUCCAUCUUCAUCAAACAACACCGCAUCGCAAACACCCACCAACAUCACUUUUUCUCACCAGCAGAUCGCACGGAUGAACCGAAACUACACGAGCAACGGAGACAAAAAUCGGAGCUCGAUAUCCGAAGAGCUGUGGCAGCAACCGGUGGGGGUACCGAAAAGCUCAGCCAUUGUCCUCGGCGGCGCCUUCGCCCUGGGUGCAGCGAUCCUGCUGGCCGUCUUCCUGCUGCGACGAAAGAGCGGACGCCAGGGGGCGGUACCACCGGGGUCUCUCAACAAGUGCAUCCAGCAGUACGUAGCCAACCCCACGUACUACUCGUCUGCACCCGAGACGCCGCUCCACAAGAUCCUGCACGACAUUGAAAUUGCUGCAGAUGCCGUUGUCUUUGUCGAAGAAAUCGGCGAGGGAUGCUUCGGCAAAGUGCACAAAGCUCUCUACACGAAAGCGAAUGGCGAGAAGGAGGACGUGGCCGUGAAAGUUCUUAAAGACACGGCUUCGUCAGAAGUUCAGGACGACUUGGAACGGGAGGUGCAAAUAAUGUCCAGCUUCAAGCACGAAAAUAUCCUCCAACUUCUCGGUGUCGUAUUCGCAGAAUCUGGCAGCAUCCCGUGGAUGGUGUUCGAAUAUAUGCAGUACGGUGACUUGGCUGAACUUCUGCGACAGAACGCAUUCAGCCGUGGAUCUGCAUCUCGUUCGGCCCUGCCCAACCUAACCCUGGGGCACCUGCCUUCCAUUGCAAUCCAGAUUGCAAGCGGCAUGUACUACCUCUCUUCGCAACAUUUCGUCCACAGAGACUUGGCAACGAGGAACUGUCUCGUCGGGGACAACCUGUCCGUCAAGAUAUCGGACUUUGGCAUGUCUCGAGACAUCUAUACGUGUGACUAUUACAAGAUCCGCGGGUCAAGAAUGCUUCCCGUGCGGUGGAUGGCGCCGGAGAGCAUCAUGUACGGCAAAUUUACGUUGGAGUCGGACGUCUGGUCUUACGGCGUCGUACUAUGGGAAAUAUUCACCUUUGGGAAGCAGCCAUAUUACGGCCACUCCAACGAAGAGGUUGUAAAGCUUAUUCUGCAAGGAAUCUUGUUGAGCCCGCCGGAAGAAUGUCCGUCCUUCAUCUGCAGCAUCAUGGCUGCCUGUUGGAAGACGGAGCCCAGGGACAGGCUUCAGUUCGCCGACAUUUAUAAGCGACUUCAAGAGAACAGUUCCUCAUCGGACGACCUGGACGUCUUGGAAGAGGAACUCGACUCGGAGGACUAUCUGGUUCCGAAAGCCGCAGCUUCUGGGUUGCGGCACCAGCCCUGGUAAUUUACACGUCCUGAAGAAACCCCGGAGAGCCCAGCGCUUCAGAAGAGACUGCUGUUCGCUGCACGAAGCGGGAUCCGCGGGACAGUGUCACUGAAAACGUGCACCUAGUCUGCGGACACCUAGAGUUAGCUGGGACCAUAGGGAUGUUUUACCCCCGCCAUUUUCUUAACCACUCUCAAGCGCGGUCGCUUGUGGCAAAAUAACUAUCUUGUCCUGACCACACCUCAUAGGCAACAUCAUUUGGAGGUCACGUGACUUCGUUUCUACACCAUUUGGGCGCUUGCCGAGAUUUUUUCCACGAGCGCAAUAACGCAUUAAAUUAACGAAUUCUGGUGUAAGUUGCUUCUUCCUCAACCAUAUUCCUCCGAGAGCAUCGUAUCGGCUGAGUGAGCGCCAGGGUCGUUAUCAUUGGAGUGGCCAGAUGUGCACGAGUCCACACAUGUCGACUCAACGUUGUGCCGACCUACGUGUUUUACUGGAAGUAACCAUCUUUAUGGUUACGUGUAACAAUGGCGGCGUCUAUAACGUGCAUAACUAACUCUCAAUUGAAAUUGUUUGUAUAACGAGCUUUACUAUGACGUGUGGCCAGGACCAACCCAAAGUGCAUGGCACGAGUCAAGCACGUUGCAUGGAGCGAAAGGCAAGGGCACAUCUCUGCAUGACUUGAAAACCCGAGACGAGGUAGGGACGAUAACAGACAAACACAAACACGGUCUACCUACCUGGCCCUACCACGCCCUACCUCGUCUCGGGUUUUCAAGUCAUGGAUCGUCACCACCAGCUCGCUUGCUACCUAACUUUCCUUUCGUUAGCACCUCUGUGGCUUGGGCUGUCGGUGACGGCGAAGCGUGACUGGUUAAGCAUGGGAUAUUCGUUGGUCCUGAGGAGGUGAUGUUCACUAUUAUUUAUUCUCAUCGGAAACUGGACCACAUCGAAAACAAUACGAGCCAUAAAUAGACGCGAUUUAGUCAUUCAUCUGAAGUGAUUAAGCAGUUCAAAAUUGAGUUGGGAACAGCUUUUUCUUUCUCGUGAUUAUAGUCGUUUCCGCUACACCUGCAAUAUGUCCUGUGGUGACGCUGACAGUCUUCCCAUUUGAUGCAUUUUAAAGCUAUAUAUUUCCAACACAUCACACUCGAAACGUUCUGAAAUACACAGGGCCGUCCAAGGCUAUAUAUUUUACAAUUUAUCGGCGGCCACCCUGCGUUUCUAAUGUCACAUCUCUGAACAAUUCUGUCAAAGAUGUUCCCUCAUGCACAGUAUUUUGAAAGCCUGCAAGUUCUUGCACGGGAGUCUCGCAAACUUGUGCUUGGUUGUGUUGUUACGUUACGUGCUGGGUAUUCGCACCUGACCUAGGAUAUCUCUGAGGAUACCACUGUCAACUACAGAAGGAUACCACGUACCUUUUGUACGUGUGCGAUCCUGUCCCCAAUUACAAAAUUGAACUUAGUUUCAAACACGGCAGGGCACUGAAUAAGUGGGGUUCCGCGUUUUCGGCAUUUAUGCCUGCCAAGUUUCGUCCGGCAUUUUUCGGAAUUUAUAUGUUUCGUCCAAUGUGGAAAUUUUCGGCAUUUUAGAACGUUUGUGCCAGAAAUAGCUGCUGAAAAAUCGGCAGAAUUACACAGGGAGGAGCUAUUUCCCUAAAAAAACCGAGUGAAAUACAGCUAAAUGAUGAGAUUACGAAAUGAAACAUGCGUGCAUAUCAAACCGUCAAUCCCUGCUACAGACGAUACUUCAAAACCAGGAUUUUCUUUCACAUAUUCAUCAGGAACUUUCCUCUGGCAUCCCAUUUCGCAGCCGCUGGAGAGACUGCCUUAGGAUUUCGCGCCAACCACCUCAAAAAGACGGCUCCUGAGUCCUGAUUAGACGUGCUAAUCUUCGACUAAUGACAGGUACGGGCAUGAUUCAUUGAAGGACAGCAGCUUAAUAGGAAGACAUUGAAGACGCGAAGGAUUUCCUCUCCUUUGUUGACGGGCUCCCGUUCACCCACUCAUAAGUGUUACAGGGGACGGUUUUAUUCGUAAACCAGAGGUUAGCGGCCCCUCACGGUGGCGGAAGAAACAUAAUCGGGUACCGGCAUUUUCGGCAAGUAGCACCAUA